UAGCUGUAUUCAAAAUGGCGGACGAUGCGGGAUGACACGAUGACUGCGGCUAGUACUAUAGUUUCCACUCAUUUUACGAGACAACGUGUGGUGCGAUUAACACACUUACCAUUUAUUUGAUAUCUGAUGGAUGAAAGAAUGACUAGCAAGAAUCUUCGCUGGGUCAGUUGUGUUGCUGCUAUGAGUACAAAUCGCGGAAUUGGAAACAAGGGCAGCUUACCUUGGCCCCCUCUGAGGUACACCUAAAUUUGACUUAUCAGAGUGUUGAUUUUAUCUGCCACAUUUCUUUACUUAUCACCGUGCGUACGCUCAAAAUUCUUAAGUAAGCAUUCAAGUUUGUAAUUUUUUUUUUCAACCGAUUUCCGCAAAAUCCCACCUUACGAUAAACAAACGUCCUUUUUUUAUCGAGUACCCUUACACACAUUAGAGACCUUAAGAUAGAGGUAUUUCGGUAGUUUCCGCAAACCGCGAACGUGGAGAAGUCACUUGAUUUUACUUGUGCCUUGCCGUCAGGUUUGCUGUUUGAGGUUCACGUUUAUACGGCUAGACCACGCUCUAGAAAUAACUGAUUUUUCGCAAGGUUUUUUGCACCCUAAAACAUCACAAUCCCACGUUUGAAAGGGCAUAUUACCAGAGAUGCUAAAUUUUGUACAGUCCUUUCCUCUAUAAUACAGACUUCCCUCUAUUACAGAUGUUCAUCAAAGUCUCUGAGGAACAAAAGUCUUGGAAACAGCUGGUUUUGCCCAUGCACAACCACCCCCACCCCCCUCCCCCCCUCUCCUCAUUCAGCCAGGCCAAGUUUGAUUCCCGAUUUUGAUUGUGGUUAGGGUUUAUAACUGACAAUACUGCUGACUGUACUGAUUUGGUUAUAAUGAUUAGCUUUCAUUACUGUUAGGUUUGUCACUAGAGGUGUGUUUAUAUGAAGGUUAAGUCACAGGAAAGCAAAUUGAUCGUGCCUAUACUAGAAUGCUCCACACAGCACUGAACAUUUCUUGGACGGACCACAUUACAAAUUAAUGAAGAUCUGUAUGAUCACCUCCCAAAAGUUUCUGGCAAGAUUAGGGAAAGGAGAAUGAGGGUAGCUGGGCAUUGCGUUCUAAAAGACACAAAAAGGAGGAGGCAUUGAAGCUUGUGUUGUGGCAGCCACAACACGGACAAACUAAGUUGGGAAGACCUAAGAGCAUAUACAUACUGUUGGAGAACUCAGAAUGGUAAUGCUAGACCAAAUUGACUGGUGAAGGAGAAUCUAUGUUGUGUAAGCUGGCGCUCAACCAAACUAACCAACUAACUAACUAAGUCACAUGAAAAGCUUGAAGGGGGGGACAAGGCAGCACAUAAAUUUGGUGUUACCUCUUUAACACAGAAACGUCUGUAAUGUGGACACUUACCGUAGAUUCCAACCCGCCUCCCUUUUUUGGUUUUGGCCAAUAUUUCCGGCCUCCCAUUUUCCGGGCAUCCUGGUUUUUGAAACUCUUCCAUUUCUUUGUAUAGCCAGUCUUUUUAGCAUGCUUCUUUGCCAUUUUCCUGUGGUUUCUCAGCCACUUUGUCUUUUUCCCUUUUGGCUUCCAACCAUCAUGAGCCUGCAAUAAUUUUGGGUGCAGUUUUUCCAUUGACUGUGAUCUCAAAAUGCAGGAAAUGGCAUCUUGGAGGCAAAUAUCUUAACAUUUUUCUCAGGGGAGCAUGCCCCAGCACUCAUGGGAGCAGCUAUGCCACUCCUGAAACCUCCCCUUUUUUUAGUUGACUUAGCUCUGCCCCUCAGUGUUCUUAUUGAUGAGGUGUGAUUGUUUGACACAUUGUAGUUGAAGCCAGUUUUAAAUUAUUAUUAGAUUAUCAUCAUCAUCAUCAUCAUUUCUUUUCUUCAUCUCUUUUUUUUUAAUGCAGAACUGAUUUGAGGUUUCUAGAGAAGAUAACUACUGAAGUUAAAGAUAAAGGUGUGCUUAAUUUUUUUUUUAAGAACAAACUAGUUGGAAUCGAACAAACCUACAAUACGAUUAUUGCGUCAGGGUUAAGGUUAGGUUUGUUGCAUUAGGUGUUCUUUUUUUGUUUAGUGAAUUUGUAUUAAAAAUGCCUUGAGGCUUGAAUGUGUUGGUGAAUUUGAAUUGUUGUACCUGUGCAGCUUGCCAUUGUGGUGAUUUUUUUGUGUCAAUAAUUUUCACAUAUAUUAUGCCAUGAGCUUGUGUGAAUUUGUGUUGCUUUAUGCCUGUGGGGUGUGCCUGCAUGGCCUAGUUCUGUUGUUUUAACUGUUGUAAAUAUUUUGUUUUGGUAGUUACAGUAUAAUAUUAAUUGUAAUGGUGGCACCACUACACUGCCUGAGGUGGUUUGCUUGUAGUGAUGCAUGUAAAUGGCAGUCUGUGGAACCGCGCCUUAUGACCACCCCGUUUAUAUGACCACCUCAUUAUUAAGACCAUAUUCUUUUGACCCAAAGGUAAAAAUCACAGAAUCAUUUUAUUAUUUUGAAGAACCCGUUAAUGCUGCCACCUUGUUAUUAUGACCAGGCUUUUAUAACCCAACGGUGGUUUGUAUUAACAGGGUUCCACUGUACCAACAAUGCCUGUACAGGGUUUUGCUUUUGGGGGUUUUUGGAAAGGAUAGUAUGUGGUUUGUUUAUAGAGAAAGAAGUUAGAGAUUUGUGUAUGGAAUCAAUGUAUAAUAACUAGAGGAGUUGUCAGUGAGUUUUGUAUCGGUGUGCGACAAAUGCAGACUGGAGACUUACAGACUGGCAGGUAAACGAGGUGGAUAUUGUUUUGAAAUGCUUUAACAGAUUCCCUAUCCCUAAACUUUAAGUCUUCUAAAAGUCUAGUUUAGGGAUAGGGAAUCUGUUAGAGCAUUUCACAACAAUGUUUACCUCAUUUACCUGCCAGUCUGCAAGUCUGCAGUCUCCGUUUGUCGCACACUGGUUUUGUAUCUGUGAAGUAACAACGUAACAAAUGUGAAAACACGAUUUGCAUUAGUAAUGAUUGAUACACUGAAGGUUAUGUGAAUAAGACUAUAAAAAAGGUUACACAUGCUCCCUUUGAGCACUCAGCUCUUUCUAUGGCUGUGAAAGUAAAAGUCUAGUGAUCUGCCAUCCCACUAACAAUUAAGUGGGGGUUGUAGAUCCUGCCCAUUGCUACUUUCUCCUGGCCCAAGGUAUAAAGCUAUAUUCUCCAAUUAUUAUCAUGUCAUGAAUAACAAUGCCUAGGGUAGAAUAUAUAUAUCACUAUCUUUAUUUUCCUGACAUUUGUAUGUUGAUUUAACCUUUAAGUAUGGUAUUACCCAGAGGUAAUGUAAAAAACAAAUAUACACCAUCUAGGUUUGGGUCUGCAGUGCGCAAUUUUCGUGAUAGCUUUUUGGUUGUUUUUCCUAGACAAAUGGAAUGCUGUAUUGUUAGGGAGAAAAACAUGGGAAUCUCUUGGAGCUUCUAACCAACCCCUCACUGGCAGACUAAACAUUGUCAUCAGUAAGUCGUUAAAGUAAGUAAACUGUUAUCCACUCUAUCACUUACUCUAUUUGUUCAUACAUUCAUUUAUCAGGGCUCUCAAUAAGGACCAGAAUCUCCCUAAGGUACAAGGAACGUGACCCUGGCUACUUUUAGAGGGAAAUACAACAAAGAAGAACCAAAAGAAAUCUCUAGUUGUUUGAUUCUCAACCUAGUUGUUGUGUUUACUCAGCUACUUGAAAUCUUAGUGACAGCCCUGAAUUAUCACCAGUAAUUAACGCUAUUUUGAUGAAGGAAAAAGUUAAUUUAAUCACCAACGGUAGUGCAUGUAGCUAUUCAGUAACUGAUAACUUAAUAACAGUCAGAAAUCUCGGUCCGUAUUAUAUUUUUUAGACUUUCAAAAAAUUAUAGAUUGGACUAAUUUACUGAUAGUAUACGUUGUGCCUUAGUGCGAAAUUAAUUUUUUAUCCCAUUGUUAAUGAUGAAUUUUUAAUCCAAAUUUACAAGGUAAAGUUAUACUUCUGAUCAUGCUCUUAACUUGCACAUCAUCUCAUUAUUUUCUGUCCUUGUUUGUCAGGAGUCCUCCAUCUGGUGCUCAUUAUGUUUGUGACAGUGUUUUGUCGGCAGUUCAGAUGCUGUCUGCGCCUCCUUUCACAAGCACGGUAGAAAAAAUACUUGUUCUUGGUGGAACUGAUGUGUAUAAGGUAAACAGUUGUACUGCAUGUUCGUGUGAUUCGAUAUACACUGUACCACUGCGUUUAGGGAUUGUUUAUAAUUGAGCUAUUUAUUAGCCUUCAAAACAGGCGCCCGCGUUUUUCGGGAGAACAAAGCAAGAAGCAGGCGUGGAGCGUGAGACACACGCGACAGGGGAAGGCGCGGAAAAAAUAACUUACUUUUCUGCGCCUUCCCCCUUUGCGCGCGUCUCCCGCUCCUCGCUUGCUGCCCGUUUGCAUUCGUUCGUUCUGAAGGGUAGCUAUUUGCAGACAAACCUUCGCAUCGAUUGACACUCGAUGUAUGUACAUUUGCAUCUUACAAACCACUAGCAACCACUCAUUUCAAAAAGCUGGCUCACUAACUUACGACAAACGGGGCUUACAAACGUUACAAACGUCCUAUUGACAAGCUGAAGCAAAACCGACAAUGGUAGAAUGACUGGACAACCCACUUUAUUACGACUAACAAUAACGACAGUAUUACUAUGACAAAAGACGAAUCGAAGUGCACGGCUACUUGUAUUGAGAGUCUUCAUAGCCAAUAACAUACGGCUUAACUGAGCGACUACCAAUAAUAUCGCGACUUAAUUCACCAAUCAGGUCAAUAAACAGCUUUAAAUACCAUCAACCGAUAUGAUACAACUCAUUUUGAGUCUGAAGAUGCCUACCGCACAGGUUGUGGAAAAUAUGUAAGAAAAUGUCAACAGCAGUCCUAUUCAGGACUACAUCUACCCGGACGAUCAUAUCCAACCUAUUUAUGACCUACUGUGUCUUAUACUUUAUUGGUCAAUGGCAUCCGCACCUUGCGAGCAGAGUUUCCUUUUGCCUGUUUCUUUAUUAAGUGUGCAAGCCCUCUCUUUGUGGAGAUUGCGCUUAAAUUAAAAUCUAACAGGUUUUCUCCAAAUUGGCCCUCUCGACACUCGAAAGUGGGAAAAGAUUCUUUGUUUUACAAAAAGAAAGAUGCCAUCUUUGCCUUUUUUCGUGAAUUAAAAGACAGUGGCACAGCUUGGAGAUUGUCCCGAAAAUUUCCUUAUUUGGCCUCGAAGAUAAUUUUUCGGCAAAUCACUGUAACUGUUGAUGAAAAACAGUAAACUUGAACAUUGCGUUUUGGUGUUUCCUGGCACUGCAUUUGCCACCAAAGUAUUACCUAAACAGACUUCUUCAAAACUACGUUCGGUUCGUUACCACAAAUGAAGGUUAACCCGUCGCUCCUAGCCUGAAUUUCAUCCGAUUACUUCGAGUCGUUUUCUCCUCUCAGCAACUUCUGAAUCGACCGGCCGUUAAUGCCGUCCAGUGACGUCACUACUACCCGAAAACCGGGUAGUGAUUUUGAUUGGUUAAUUGUCUAAACAUUCGCAUAAUUAUGCAUAGUUAUGAGAAAUUUUAGCGGGAUUGUCGUUUGAUAUUCAGCGGAUCACAUCCCUGGGAUGCUUUCGUGGAGUUCAAACAUUGCGAUAAUCUUUAUCGUAAACAGCAAAAUUGCCCUCGUCUUCGAAUUGCACUGAACUGCGAAUGAAGAAUCAUUGGGGAGAGUCGGUAGAUUUUUCAUUUAGAGCCGCUUUGCGGUUUCGGCAGUGAUUUUGUUUAUGCGAAGUUUCUGAGACCAAUGUUGUAAUUCGACCUUCUAGCUAUUUUCACCAUCAAGUGUAAUGAUUCGGUUAGCUUUUCUUUCUUGUUUCCUUGUUUGCUUUUUUCUUCGUUAAGGACCAAAUAGCUUCUCUACAAUUAAAGGAAAUCGUUGUGUUUUUGAACUAAGUGUUCCGUGUCUGUAUUUAUUUCAUUGCGUGUUUGCGACCGAGUUUGAUUAUGGAAUUACAAACGGUUCAGAGUACUGCAUGCAGUUAAUAGUUUGAACGUUAAACAAGAACUACCAUCGAAAAAAGAAAAGCAAUUCUGUAUCAUACCUGAUGCAGACAAUUCCAAACGAUAAAUUAUUUCUUGGUUUUCCACUUGAAAAUGGUGUUUUUUAACUUUUUGUAUGAAUUAAGGUGACUCGACCCAGUUUUUUUGGGGGGGUACCAUCCUACUUUGAAGCUCUCUGGUAUCCCCACCUUUACUUUUAUCGUAAGUCUAACACAUAGAAUGGAUAACAUAUAGAUCAAUCUACAAUAUAGCGUAAAAUGUUUGGCGAUCGGAGUAAAUGUCACGUGGUUAUAAUGCCACGCCCCUUUGAGGUCUGAGUCGAAAAUCUGCUGUUUCCGGCAUUUUUUCGUGAAAAUCUCUCGGCUACACAUAGUGCGCAUUAGUGCCUUGCGCUGAACAGAGUUUCACCAAAAUCGCAAAGACCCAAUUCAAGAAAUUCAGCGGUUUCCCAAUUUAGGUCAUAAUUUAUGCGAAAAUGAUAAGCAAACUUUACACGAUUAUAUCUAAUAAACUAUGAGACUUAUCCCUUUAUUUUGGGGAUCGUUAUAACAGAUGGGUCCUUGCAAGUCAGCAAAAAGCUUUAGGUCCUUGUAAAUGCGCGCGAUUUCGAGCAAAGCAAACAUAUAGAAAUUAUAGUUUUAGCUAUUUGUUGACAUUUGUCAGCGUUUAAAAGUCCUUCUCACGAAAAAAGCAUUUUCUUAAAGUUUUCUUUUUCCUUCAAAUUUUUUCAGGGCCACAAUUGAUUAACUAACUACCCGGAUUCUGAAUUUCAUGGUCAUUGAAAAACUGUGACAUUAUCUUCUAUAAGCCCAAACUUGGGUAAACAUUGAAGAUUUUUAGCGUUUUGGCUGAGUUUGUGCUUUGGGAGUUGUCUAUUGUUUCUAGUCUGUCAUGAUACAGCAUUCUUGUUCAGCACGCGAGCAAUAACACGCUUGGCUGACUUCCGAAUGCUCAUCGAGAUACGCAGAAAAAAAAUCAAGCGCCCUUUAAAGUUUCAGCCUCUUUCAGAUUAUAUACGCAUGCUUCGUACCUGAUCCAAACUAUAGUUCUGUACACAGUGGGGUGCCGGUAUAUUUUACAAAAGGUUAUUUGUAUCAAAUUGCAUUGUUUUUUAUUCUUCAGGAAGCAAUCGAAUCACCCUUCUGUCACCGAAUAUAUUUAACUCGUAUUAAUCAAGAAUUUGAAGCAGAUGCAUUCUUUCCCAUGUUUGAUGAAAAUGUUUACAAACUGAUAAGGUAUUUGUACUGUUGGUGUCAUAGAUUAGCACAGUGGUUGACCGAGAUCUCGCCCACCACCUCCCUCCAUUUUUUAGAGGGCGGGAAUUCAUUUAACCGUUUUCUUUCGAUCAAACAAUGCGGUUUACUGUGACGAGAUAUGAAAGAAAGUAAGGUCAACAACGGAAGACUUGUUUUGUCAGUUUUUACCCAAUUAAAUGCUUUCUGUUUAUUGCAUUUGAAUAAUCGCAAAUUUUUCUGCUUCCGUCCAUGCUAUCACGAAUUGUGUCCCGUUGUCCCUUUUUCCUGUGGCAUCUGUGCCGUUUCGUAGACAAUUUAUUGUUGUUCAGAAAAAUUCGUUUCGAAGACUCGAAGGCUUUAAACUUUUGUUAAAAAGAUAAACAGCGUUCGUUUUCACUUAUGUGUGUAUUUCUGUUUUAGCAACCCUUCUGAAGUGCCCCAAGGCGUCUUCGAAGAAAAUCAAGUACAGUAUAAAUUUUGUGUUUAUGAAAAACAGUGUUGAAUACGAGGCAAAGAAAACGUAGGCGUACGAUAAAUGACAAUUUCAAGAGACAGAAAUAACAAUUUUAAACUUAGUUUUACCAUGAGACUACUGAGCUCCAUACACCUCUUGCAAACUAUUUUGGACGAACUUCUUACUGGCAACAAUUUUUUGUGCGAUGAAAGCGUUCUGUCAGUUCCAGUUCUUUGUUGCAAACGUGAUUUCAAAUAAGCUAAGUUCCAUUUAAAAACAAAGUAUCCCCUUUCUUUGCAUAAAUAUUUUUUUCGCAAACAGUAUUCACUCGGAAAUAUUGUCUUAAGUAUUGUCACGUGAGUUAUAAUGUGUGUUUAGUCACGUGAUUACAAGUGACAAUAAAACAUAGGUAGUUCUUAAUCACCGUUUGUGUUGAGUGUUGUCCUCUGGCGUCUGAUACGGAUGACCUCCUUAAUUUUUCUUGAAAGAUUCCCGCUCUGGGGGCGGGGCGAAGCUUGCAGUCACGUGGCCUUCCCGUCUUUCCUCCGCCAACCCCGUACCCCCGGGAGAGCUUGCCCGCAG